GUUAGUGUGCACGUCAUCAACUGUCACCUAGUUAGUCAUUGUUUACGUGGCAGUUCCAUCAGGCGGAUGUGAUGCACGCCAGGCCGCCAGGGGGCGCAUGACAGUUACACCAGGUUGCGUGUCAAAAUGUCGACCAGUCACACAAAUACUACUGAGGCCAUGGCUUUAGUUCUUAGCUGUCCUAUCUGCCUGCAGCUGUAUUCUGAGCCGGCCUCUCUGCCCUGCGGUCACAUCUACUGCCGUGCCUGCAUCGUAGCGCUGGGAGAGGGUCUGGACCAUCACAGCUGCCCAGAGUGCCGGGUGGACUACCAGGGGAACCAGGCGCUUGUGACCAGCUUUAAAAUGUGCAGCGUUGUCCAGUCCUACAAGGCCUUUGCAGCCAAAGGUGCGGCUGACUCCGGUCCAAUUUGUACGGACAGCAACGUGGAGACAAGUGAAUCAAAACCUCAGACUAGACUGACCAAGUUGAAACUGGCGUCUCACGUCACGGAGUUAGCCGCCCAGUUAGAGAUAGCGGAGGAUGCGCUGAAGGAAGAGGAGGCUGAGUUGAUGGCUGCUAACGAGCAGCAGAGAGAGCAAGCAUCCAAACAUCUGCAGCAGGUGAGUGAAGUCCUGCACCAGUACCAAGUGCAGGUGUGGCAGGUGAUCGAAGACGAGCUCUCCCCGGGCGAGGCCAGCGUGAAGCAGAGAGUCCACCAGGCUGGUCAGCUGACCCAGCAGCUGAGACACGUCCUGCUCAGAGCCGAGUCUCUAAGCGAGGAAGACCAGGCGGAGUUCCCAGAAGACCUUCAACCGCAAUUCCAGGAUCUGAUCGAAAGACUCACCGGAGACCAUCAGGACCGCGUGGAGUCCAAACUCAGCCCGGCUCGAGUCAUUCCCAAGUUGGAGCAAUUGAAGGCGGAGCUCAAGGAAAGACUGGGCGUGAUUCAUCACUCUCUUCGCAACACCUUCAACCCGUCCGAGGUGACCUUCGACCUGGGGACAGCUCACCCAAACCUUGUCCUCUCAGAGGACUUGAAGACGGUGACGUUCAGCGCUACCAAGCUGCCCUACCCGCCAUCUCCUCAAAGAUUCACAAGCUUCCUCCAGGUGCUCAGCUCGCAGAGCUUUUACCAAGGCGACCACUGCUGGGAGGUGGAGCUCGACGGCGCCCCCUGGAUCGUUGGUGUGUGCGACGGCAGGACGCUGGAGCGAAGCGGCCUGGCCUCAGCCCUGGAAAGCAGCCGAGGCUCCUGGUGCCUAAUGUGGUUCGAGAACUUGCUGACAGCCUUCCAGCGGGGCCGGGAUGUGCCGCUGAUGAGGACCACGGUCUCCUGCAGACUGGAGAUCAGGCUGAACUGCAGCAGCCGCACGCUGAGCUUCUACAACAUCGGCUCCGGUGCUGGGAAGACGCUGGUGCACACUUGUGAGGUGAACCUGACUGAACCUGCACACCUGGCCUACAGGAUGAUGUCAGGGCACUCCAAAGCACGUAUCACCAUCAUCUCAUAAGCUUAGCUUGGGAGUCCAAAGGCUGGCUUUUGUGACACACUUCCUGUUUCAACACUAAUCACACACAGUUCCGGGAUGCAGUUGUGAAUGAUUUCAUAUAUAUGCUGUAUAUACAAAAUUUUACUGUAAAA